AUGCAGAAUCUGACUGAACUCCCGGUGAAUGCAACUUCCCACAAAACCCUGUCUAUAAUCAUCAAGGUGUGCGUGGUCAUCCCCGUCUUCUGCAUCUUUCUCUGCUGCAUCGCCAUCAUGCUGCACAUCUUUGCGUCUCACAGGCAGUUCCUGGACACUUCGCGUUACAUCCUGUUUGCCUACAUGCUGAUCAACGACACCCUGCAGAUCCUGUCCUCGGUGCUGCUCUUCCUCUUCGUCAUGGGUCGGGUGAAGCUGGUUUUGAUCUACUGCGUCCCUCUGCUCUUCAUAUCCACUGUCACCUUCCAGAACACCCUCCUCAUCCUGGCCACUAUGUCACUGGAGCGUUACGUUGCCAUCUUCUACCCCCUGCAGCAGCCGGCCGCCUGGCGCUCCGACCGCAUCUGGAUCAUCAUCCUGCCCCUGUGGCUCAUCAGCUGCUCUUUACCCAUCAUAGACUUUGCCAUCGGGGAGAAAGACCCUGCUGUGGAUGCCUUCUCCACCCCUGUGCUCUGCAAAAAUUCUGCUUUAAACUCAUCUGCAGUCCAGACGUUGUUCAGAGCUGCUGUGUAUGUGCUCAUGUUCACUCUAGUGUCUGUUGUCAUCCUCUUCACUUAUGUGAGAAUCCUGCUAGAAACCAGGAAGCUGAGGCAGGACAGAGCGUCGGUGAGCAAAGCCAUGCACACUGUGCUGCUGCACGGCUUCCAGCUGCUGCUCUGCAUGUUGGCGUUCACUCACCCCAUCAUCGAGAUGCUCAUAGUGCUGCACGUCAACUGGUUACCAGAGGACAUCACCUUUUUCAAUUACUUCUGCUUCAUCCUGAUCCCGCGCUUCCUCAGCCCGCUCAUCUACGGCUUCAGGGAUCAGAGCCUCAGAGGCCACAUCGGAAAGACGUUCCUCUGCUGCACUAACAAAGUCAGACCUGGUGUCAGAGAGAAAGUGCAGGACAGUCUGUCUGCUUCGUGA